AAGAUAAAGACAGACUUCUGACCUGCGGAUUUCACUGGCCAGGCGGAGGGGUGUACUUGGCUGAGGCAAUACUUCACCUCCAUCCCUCACAACCCUUCCAUCUAUUCCUCUGAUCGUCACACCGUAAAAACAUGUCGCCCGUCUCCAUACCUCCACCACAAUGCCUGCAGAAACGUCUGUUCGUUCCUCACCGUUAUAUGUUUGGACCAGGACCGUCCAACGUUCCUUCGCGCAUCCUGUUAGCCGGAGCCCAGCCCGUCAUCGGACACAUGCAUCCGGAGACAUUUGAGAUAAUGAGUGACAUCAAGAGUGGAAUCCAAUACCUGUUCCAGACCAAAAACAGGACGACUUUAGCUGUGAGUGGCACUGGCCACACCGCGAUGGAGUGUGCCAUCUUCAACACGGUGGAGCCUGGGGAGAGCGUGCUGGUGGCAGUCAACGGCAUCUGGGGAGAGCGAGCAGCCGACAUGGCGGAGAGGAUCGGUGCAAGAGUGAACACCAUCGUGGCGUCCCCUGGAAGCUACUUGACCAACGCAGAGAUCGAGAGGGCUUUAUCACAACACAGACCGGUUCUCUUCUUCCUCGCACACGGAGAGUCUUCCACAGGAGUCCUGCAUCCUCUGGACGGCAUCGGCGAGCUGUGCCACAAGAAUAACUGCCUGUUUCUCGUCGACUCUGUGGCCUCAGUGGGAGGAGCCCCUCUCUACAUGGACCAGCAAGGGAUCGACAUCUUGUAUACGGGCUCACAAAAGGUCUUGAAUGUGCCCCCUGGUACAGCACCCAUUUCCUUCAGCGAGAGGGCCUGCCAAAAAGCCUUCGGUCGGAAAACAAAGCCUGCGUCGUUCUUCUUGGACUUGAGUUGGCUCGCAAACUACUGGGGCUGUGAUGACAAGCCGACGAGGAUGUACCACCACACCGGGCCGGUCACCGCGUUUUACUCCCUGAGGGAGGGCCUGGCUGUCCUUGCUGAUGAGGGUCUGGAAAAUUCAUGGGAAAGACAUCAAAAGGUGGCCGAGUAUUUCCACGACGGUCUGGAGAGCAUGGGCCUUAAACUCUUUGUCAAAGAGAAGCGGGCAAGGCUGCCGACGGUCACCACGAUCGUCGCUCCUCAUGGAUACGACUGGAAAGAGAUCACGGCCUACAUCAUGAAAACACACAACUUAGAGAUAUCUGGAGGGCUGGGACCUUCAGUUGGAUUGGUGCUGCGUGUGGGACUGAUGGGAUGCAACAGCAGUAAAGCUAAUGUUGACAUGGUGCUGGCAGCACUCAGAGAUGCCCUGAAACACUGCCAUCGGAGCAAAGUGUAAGAAGAGUCUGUUGGAA